CGACUGCCGAUCAGCUGUGUGUGUGCUGGCUGUUAGUCGAAGCCGAGAAUCCGCCGUCGUCGGCAGCAAUGCAGCAGCAGCAGCAGUCGGAACGAUCCAGAACACCACCAGUUUCUGACUUAUCGUCGAGCCCUCGCCAAUAGGAAACUCCGUUCGGCCUCGUCGAAGUCGUCGCGCAGCUCAACAACAACAACAAAAAAAACAUAAUAAUAAUACACAUUACAUAUAACACAAGUAUAAGGCAACAAUAAUUAUUAAUUUAAUUAAUUAUUUUAUAAAAUUAGCAAAUUAUAAUUGAGCAACAACAAUAAUUGAUCGCAAAACACCCGAAACAUAUGUUCAGUGCGGUUCCGUUGUUGUGCGCGUAACCCUCUCUUCAUUCCUGAAAACCCAUUCGACCUUACAACAUCAUCACACAAAACACACCCACACACACAUUCCCUAAUGAUAAGCAACCCGGCAGAAAGCUUCGUCUUUGACAGUCUGUUUUAUUCGUUGCCGAUUGGUGGUGAUGGAACAUACCACUUCAAAGUGCUGGUGCCCAGCAUUGCGGCUGGGGCAAUCAUCGGCAAAGGGGGUGAAACUAUCGCACAACUGCAGAAGGAUACCGGGGCUAGGGUUAAGAUGUCGAAAUCGCUCGACUUUUAUCCGGGUACGACGGAAAGAGUUUGUCUGAUAACUGGAGGAGUAGAGGCCAUAAUGUCCGUGAUGGAUUUCAUCAUGGACAAAAUUAGGGAAAAGCCGGACCUGAGUAAACCUCCGCUGGCGGAGGGCGACGGCAAGCUGCCCCAAGAUAGGGAUAAGCAGGUGAAAAUCCUGGUACCGAAUUCGACUGCUGGCAUGAUCAUAGGGAAGGCGGGAACCUACAUCAAGCAAAUCAAGGAAUCGAGCGGGUCGUACGUGCAGAUCUCGCAGAAAGCCAAAGACGUCAGCCUACAGGAACGUUGCAUCACUGUGAUAGGCGAAAAGGAGCCAAACAAAAAAGCGUGCCUGAUGAUUUUGGCGAAGGUGGUUGACGAUCCACAGAGCGGUACCUGCCUGAACGUGUCUUAUGCUGACGUAAGCGGCCCAGUGGCAAAUUACAAUCCGACGGGAUCGCCUUUUGCGCAACAGAACGCGGGCAGCGCGUUCAACGCGUCAACGGCAAGCCUGAACAGUGGCCUUAGCUCUGUGUCGCAGAGCAUAAUGCUGAACGGCGGCCUAAACCUGAGCCUCAACCUGAACCAGCCCGGUCAAAACGUCGGAUCGAUUACGAGCCAACUCUUGGAGAACAUCAAGAUUCACCUCAGAUCCACAGGUUACUCAGAGCCCCAGGUGGUCGAGAUAUGCGCAGCACUCUCCGUUCUAGCCAAGUACGGCAUCUUGGCCAUGGGUCUUGGCCUGAGCGGACCGCAUACAGCAGCUUUACCCAAUUACCUGACCUACGCCACCGACGCUGGCACUGCAAACACUGGAGUCUUUGGGGCCGUGGGGCAGUUGAACAUUGGCGAUUGCUUGGGCACGACUUCACCAACACCCAGAUCCACCCUAGAACGCUACGAACCAGCUUUCGACCCCUUCAGGCAUCAAAGUUCUCCAGCCACCGCUCCCAUUUCCAUCAACAACAACAGCUUCGGUCUCGGCACCGGUCAGCAGAUGGCUGUGUUGAGUAAAUCUCCUACUCCAGCAGAACUAGGAGGCAGCAAGGAUUCCAAGAACGUUGAGAUUGCUGAGAUCAUCGUCGGUGCUAUUUUAGGACCUGGUGGAAGGGCUUUGGUGGAGAUCCAGCAGAUCAGCGGUGCGAAUAUCCAGAUCUCGAAGAAGGGUAUAUUCGCUCCCGGUACCCGCAACCGUAUUGUCACAAUUUCGGGAACCCCCAACUCCAUCAAUACCGCCCAAUACCUCAUCGAGCAGCGAAUCAGCGAGGAAGAAUUAAAGAGGGCGCGGACGACAGGUCUGCCCCUCACCAUGCAGUGAUACCAACGUCACAUGCUUAUCAUCUCACAGGUACACGAAAAACAUCAUACUUACGGAGUUUGAUUGUUUACAUAACACGCAUACGCAUAUAUUAUUUAAUGUUCGAGGUUUAACAUGAAGCGAAAAAAUGGAAAAAAAAGUAUGAAACUAGGAAACACAACUAAUUCGAGAGAUUUUAUUAUAUAUAUAUAUACUAAUUAUUAUAU